UAGAACGGACCCUCACCCCUACAGAACCUCUGCAGUCUAACAACUGCUGCUGUUUUUUUCCGCCACCAACAUGUGAAAAGUCAGACAGAAGAAGCUUCACAUUCAUUUACAGUCAUAAAACAAACACAGCAGGUUUUGAAUACAGCGCUCUCAGGUUCUACACCUCCUACUUCUAUGUCCCCCACAGCGCACAUCCUGGACCCUGAUCGCUCCAAACUGAGCAGGGCCCCUCACUCUCUUCUGUGGCCAGCAGACGACUGUGGGCUCUGAUCCUGUGAAGGCUACAGCUGCACAAGGCCAUGCCGUCCUCCCUCGUCCGUGCCGGCCUGGUCCUGGUGCUGGUUCUGGUCCUGGUGCCUCCGGCCGCCUGGUCGUUCUCCCAAGGAGCCAACGACGCCUCGUGUCAGGAGAUGGUUCCGGGCCACAUCCGAGCUCAGCGUCAGAACCUGCAGCACAGCCACAUCAGCCUAAGGGCGUCGGCAGCUUCGUACCUGCCUGGACAGUUAAUCACAGUCACCGUCCGAAGCUCCCGGGACUUCAUGGGCUUCUUGGUGCAAGCUCGCAGCGCACACGGCGCCUGGGACGGUUCCAGGGCAGGAGCCGGUGUGAGGUCCAGAGCUGUGGGACUCAGGCCUACGCUGGCGGGUGGGCCCGGUACGCGAGCGGGCCCGGCGCUGGCGGGUGGGCCCGGUACGCGAGCGGGCCCAGCGCUGGCGGGUGGGGCCUGGGUUCUCACCCCCCCAGGAACCCACGCGCUGCGCUGCCUCUCAGACGCCGACACGCUCACACACUCUGACAAACAGCUGAAGAGGAACCUGUCGUUCGUCUGGAGGGCUCCUGACGCGCCCGUGGGGGACAUACGCUUCUACAUCACGGUGGUCCAGUCCUACUUCGUUUACUGGGCCGGCGUUGAGUCUGCUGUAGUACGUGAUGGAAGCCGUAGAAACACCACCGGCUCCAUGGAAGCUUUCAGAGUCCACGGACCUUCAGCUGGUUCUGUUACUGCACAAACCAGCAGCGCAACACAAAAUGAUGCAAACACCUCCUCAGCUCCGGCUCCGCUUGGAACCCAAACCCCCACGAACACGCUGCCCAGUAACGGAUCCUCCCCCAGCGUUACCAGGGACAACGGGGCUGGAGGUGAGGCAGCCGAACACACAGGAAGUACUGUGACUCAGAGCCAGGACCCAAACAAUUCUGUGACGCCAUCCAACACAGCGCCGUCGUCUUCAGCGGACGCUGCGCAGAUGGAACCUAUGGGCCUCCUUCUGCCAAACGUCAGCACGCAGGCCUCAACCACGCCUCAUUCCUCUGGUGAGAAGCCAAACCUUCACUUUAAGGACCAAACCGCCUUUGCAGUUGUACCUUCAACCAUUCAGCACGUUCCCAGUACAAGACCUCAAAGAGACACAACCCCCGAUGCAGGAGACCAGACCCGUUCCCACAGUGGUUCCCAGUCCUGGAGAAGUGGAACUAGGCCCCAAACCAGUACAACACAGCAGCUUCUGGACCCGACUCCUCAGCUCCACCCUUCGCUCCAGCCUCACACACCUUCACCCAGGCCCGUUCCCACAACUAGUGCAAGUGAUGCUCUUCCUGCCUCCCAGACACCCACCCUGUUCUCCCAGCCUCAAACCCCUUCACAAAGGGCUGAACCCCGUCUUACCCCGCAUCGUCUUGCUCGAAAGCGCCUAGUCAACCAACCCUCGUCCCACUUCCACUUACUGAGUGAUUCAGCGCGACCUCAGCCUGAGGCCAGGCACUUUGGACUCCAGAGUGGGCCAAGAGAAACCAGCGCUGCGUCUCUGAGCUCUCUGCCUUUUAGCAGCGCUCACGAGGCGCUGCCUGUUACUACAGACUCUCCCGCCCAGUCUGAAGUCCCACCGGAGGCCUUGAGCGUCUUCUACCAACCACGGCCUCGACCCAACUCCCAAACUGAGUCAAAACCAGUAGACACCUCCACAUGGACGCCGUCUCUAGUUUCAGUAAAGCUCAGAUCUGGGCCAGUGCUCUUUACACCAGGACACGUAAAUAAGGGAGGACAGGUUAACGAUUUUCAACACCUAGAAAAGAUCAGAGGCACAAACCCAAUGUCUGCAACAACCAACCUGCCUUAUCCUGCAGAGUCCACUCAAACGCCAGCCCUUCGUUCCUCGUCCUCAGCUCCCACUUUUCCAGGCGCAUCUCUUGGUCAUGGAAGCUCCAACAGCCCUUUUCUACGUUCAGCUCUGGGGUCUAUACGUCCAUCGCUAGGGAACCAACCACAAACAGCUGCAGCCAUUUUGGCUCUUCCUUCUCCUUUACCGAUUUCCAUCCCUCCUCAUUUCCCCUCUGCUAAAUCUUCCUCCUCUUCUCCUCCAUCAUCAGUCUCUGUUACUGUUCCUUUCUCAAACUCCUCAGAGCAUCUUCUAGCAUCAUCUCAGACGGCCUUGUUUUCAGUUUCUUCCCCAUCUUCCUUUACUUCCUCCCAACAUGUCAAAGGUUCAACCUUGUCUCCUUCCACUGUCUCAGCAGUCGUCACCUCCUCUUCCAAUGCCUCCCUCAAUUCUCCGGUUUCAUCCUCCACUUUCCCCCCUUCUCCUUCCUCUUCCAUGUCUUUCCAUUCGACCACCCCUCACCCUGGACCCUCACCAGCUCCCCGUCGUUCUCUGUACAACCCUGUGUCCUCUGUAUCACAGUUGCCUUUACAAAGAGUCACCGUUGGCCAGAAGCUGCUAAUCCACAACCACAUGUUGUCAUCUAAACCUGGACUCAACCUAAACCCACCAACACAAAGAAACCCCCGACCGCAUCCAAACCCAUUGGAUCUGAAACCAAACACUUCAGGUAAACCCAAAAAUCCCUCCAUUCCCUCAAAGACCCCAGACAAAGAGGGCAAGUAUCCGGACAUUGUCCCCAGACACAGUGCCUGGGAGCUGGGCAUGCUGCUGGGCUGCUCCGCGGGGCUGGGGAUGGUGUUGGUGGUUGGGCUCCGGUACAUGUACCGCCAGGCCUGCGGCAAGAAAACACAGAUGACGCUGAACGACCGGGAGAGAGAGUACGGAAGAGGAGAGCGAGGGCUGGUACAUGUGCAGGAGUGCGGAGACCUGGUCCGAGUCCGGAGGAUCAGAGAGAACAGCUUUGUGCUUCUGGCAGAGUACGACAUACUGACGUCACCUGGAGACUGAGGUCCAGGACACAGGCCGAGCUCUAGAUGCUAACACAUUAGCAUGCUAAAUGACGAACAUGAAUUCAACGCUUGCAUUUUCUGCUCUAUAACAACAGGAUGCUCAGAAUUUGUAUGAAUGCAGGUUCUGCUGAGACGCUCAGUAGUGAACAGAGCCCCAAACUGACCCACUGACGUGUAUUUGUAUGUCUAUGUAUGUGCUAACCAGUAGCAUUAGCAAAUAACUGCUUCCUUUGAAAUCGUAUUCAUCAACGUCAAAAUAAAAUCUAUUUUUACUAUUA